AAAACUGCUCUCUUACAUGACAAAACAAAAAAGAACAAAAACUGCUCUCUUACUUUUACUUAUAAACAUUACAAAUGACGCUCCUUCGGAAAAUAAACCCGUACAAUAUAAUAUCUAGGAAUCGCCAUUUUUUUUUCGCUACAACUCUGAAUUGUUCUACUUUGCCUACUCGUCAGCCUUCUUUUUCAGGCUCAGUAAUCCCAGUAUUAGAGGAGAAUGCUAGAAAGGAUGACGAAGUUUUCGAAAAAUGGCAAAAUGGAGGUGGGAUUUUUCACAAGUCAGCUUGCAUUGAUCCAACAGCACAUGUAGAGCUUGGUGCAUAUAUCCAUGCAAGAUGUCACAUAUGUGCAAAUGUUCAUAUUGGAUCUGGAGCUAUUAUUGGACCUGAUGUUACAAUUGGACAGUCAACAACAAUAGGGUAUAAUGCUGCACUUACAAAUUGCACAAUUGGUCAUUCAUGUGUUAUCCACAAUGGCGUCUGCAUUGGUCAAGAUGGAUUUGGGUUUUAUCUGGAUGAACAUGGGAACAUGAUGAAGAAACCUCAGACGUUGAAAGCUAGGAUAGGGAAUCAUGUUGAGAUAGGUGCCAAUUCAUGCAUAGACAGGGGAAGUUGGAGAGAUACUACUGUGGGGGAUAGCUCCAAGAUUGAUAAUUUAGUUCAGAUAGGCCACAAUGUAGUAAUUGGAAAGAAUUGCAUGUUAUGUGGACAAGUUGGGAUUGCGGGUUCUGUGACAGUGGGAGACUAUGUGACUUUUGGUGGAAGGGUGGCUGUGCGUGAUCAUGUCUCCAUUGUAUCCAAGGUCCGACUAGCUGCUAAUAGCUGUGUUACAAAGGAUAUCAAUGUGCCUGGGGAUUAUGGUGGCUUCCCUGCUGUUCCCAUACAUGAAUGGCGAAGACAGUUGGCUACUCAUCGACGCAAUUCCAAGUAGAGGUCAUAGUUUUUUAGUUUUAGUUUUAGAAAAAGGUUAAAUGAUGGUUUAGCUUGCAGGCCAACAGAUUUCUUCGACAAAAGAAAGGUCUGAGAUGGCUACGGCUUUCGGACUAGGCCAAGGAGAAGAGAAUGGAAGAGCUGUAGAGGUUCCAACUAAAAUUACAGAUAAGGGGUGGAGAUUGUUAGAGUGUGAUAUUUUCAAGAUAUUGACAAUAUUUUUUAUUUUUGAUAGCCAACUCACUUUUUAAUUAAAGACUUUUCGUGAUUA